GUGCGAUCUUCAUCUACAAUACAUCAACUUAUGUCAAAUAUACCUCUAAACGCUCGUUGGUAGGAGAAAGUCCCAAGGUUAACUCCGUCCGCUCGCUAGGAUAUCCCAAUCCAGUUUGUAACUGGUCGAACACCACUAGUUUCCAGUCUACAGAAGCUAGAUGCGGCACGAACUGGAUGAUAAGCUCAAAAUAUCUUGUCAUAUCAUAACCCGGAGGAACUUUUGUGGACUUACAGGGAACUAAAACCCAGUGGAUUCCACGGAAUGCGCAAGUGAGUGUCGACCGAAAUGGUAAGCUGCAUAGAUGCAGAAGUUUGAAGCUGUGACUAUAAAGAUUCUCGAUUCCCUCAGAGAAUAUCGAAUAAUCCAUCGCAUUGAGUCUUCGCAUUUUUCAACUUGAAUUUUCCAGGUCAAAAACCGAAGUCCAACCCCAAUUGCAAACUUUGAACCCAAUCAUGGCAACACUUGUAGGAAGGCCCAUCAGUGCCAAUGGCCUGGGUCUUAUGAACUUCACGGCCAAUCCAGCCGCUCCGACUUCAGAUGACACCGCCUUUGCAGCAAUGCGCGCAGCACUUGCAGCAGGAGCAACAGUUUGGAACGUAGCAGAUUUCUACGGACCGCCUCAUGCCAACUCUCUCCACCUACUCGCCCGCUACUUUACCGCAUACCCCGAAGACGCCAGCAAAGUCACCAUCUGCGUCAAAACCGGCGUCCGAUCCUUCCAACCCAUGGUCCUAGACUGCUCGCCAACUUACAUGCGUGAAGCAGUCGACAAUGCCAACAAGAUCCUCGCCGGCAAGAAAACCAUCGACGUCUUCGGGCCCUGCAGAGUCGAUCCCAACGUCCCUAUCGAGGACACCGUCUCCGCUCUCGCAGAGCUCAAGAAAGAAGGCAAGAUCAACGGCAUUCAGCUCUCUGAAGCAGCAGCAUCGACUAUCCGUCGAGCUGCAAAAGUUACUAAGAUCGAUAUGGUGGAAGCAGAGGUCUCGCUUUGGGCAACUGAUAUCUUUAGCAAUGGCGUCGCCGACACCUGUGCUGAGCUCGGCAUUGUAGUCACGGCCCAUACUCCGCUUGGCGCUGGGAUGUUGACCGGCGCCAUCAAAUCACCAAGCGACAUCCCGCAGGAUAGUUUCAAGAAGAACUUCCCGCGUUUCCAAGAAGAGGCUUUCGCGAAGAAUGUUUUGCUGGUGCAGGAGUUGCAGAAGUUGGCGGAGAAGAAAGGUGUGACUGCGGCGCAGCUGGCGCUUGCGUGGGUGAAGAGUAAAGGGAAGGAGGGGAAGCCUUUCAUUGUGCUUGCUGUGGGUGCGAGAAGUGUGGAGAGGGUUAAGGAGAAUUUUGCGGAUGUGGUGUUGACGCCGGAGGAAAUGGAGGAGAUUGAGGAGGUGCUGAAGUCGAAUCCUGUUGAGGGGGAUCGCUUCCCGACUGCGAUUCGAUCUGAGUACUAGUAUUAUGUGUAGGGUUCACCUAGCGUUCGAAUUUAAUCUUCAAUCCAAAUACAGGGGACACCGAUUCAGAGCAGUUUGAACAACAACUUUGGGAUUGUCUUAAUGUGUAUAGACACUUAUGGGAUUUCCGGAAUUUGGAUGACGAUUUGGAUUUGGGAAACCCGGAAAGGUAUUUGCCUCAGCUGAGGUGGACAACGUGGGCAGCUUUGAGGACACAAGCCUACACUUCAAUAUGCACUUUGAAGUGAUACUUUACUUUUAUUUGUCAUAGUUCGAGCUGUUCUUCGGGCCCUUGCUUUCCACUGAUAUGUGCUUAACCUUAGGAUGCUGACAAAUAGGGUGAGCCGGAGACCGCAAUUUGAAUCUCGCAGACUGAGUACAAGUUAUCGUUGGAAAGUACUACUGGAGACAGCAUUCCGUUUUCAGUUAUUGGAGAAAGGUAAGUGAUUGUCCGUGGUCGGCGAGGUCGGCUCGAAUAAGAGAGAAGCUACGGUCCGUUCCGUUGGCGGUUGGUGGUUCCGAGACCGGUAACACUUUUUAUCAUAGUAUAAUUCGAGCAGUACCAUAUUCAAUCUGGAGGGCAGCAUCCCAUAAGCUUCUGAUACAAUUUACGAAUUCGAUG